AUGGCUUGGACUCUGACACCUCGGAACGACGGCGGACUCCUCGACGUCCAUCGCAGCGAGUUUCUGGUGGACGGACAUCGGUGCACCGAGACGCUGGUGCAAUGGAAGGGCGGUGAGAGCAGCCCUUUGAAGGAGCUGAGUUUUGAGUUGUUCCCCGACCGUGGCGUGGAGCGGUUGCUGGCCCUGUAUCGCUUUAAGCCCUGCUGGACGGCACCGAAAGUGCUCCAGAAGCUUUCCGAGUUACCACAGGAGACUUCGUUUGUUUUGGCGCAGUUGGAUGGCCGGAUUUUGGUACUCUGCCCUUUGGCCACGCAGUCCCAUGGAGGGGGUUCUGUAUGCUCCUUGCGCGGCAGCGCGCGCGGCUUGGAUGAUUUUGAGCUCGUGAUGUUGAGCUCUGGUGGGCCAACGCGGCCACUGCUGCUGGCACUGGAGCUCCCCAGAGUGCGCCUUGGCCGCGCCGCGCAGCUGGCAGCGGAGCGCUGCGCCCUACAGUUGGGAGAUGAUGGGUGCCUUAGGAGAAGGAAGCAGCUGCCUGCCGUGUUUCGUCGCUGGGGGUGGUGCAGUUGGGACGCCCACGGAGUGAAGGUCCAGAAAUGGCAACUGGAAGCCAUGUGUAGGCACCGACCGGCUUGGAUGGUCUUGGAUGAUGGCUGGCAGGAGGAAGUCCACAGCGAAGAGUGGCGAAAAUGGCUUCACUCUCCGCAGAGCCGUUUCGAAGCGAAGGACUUUAACUUGGCCGAUCUCGCACGGAAGUUAGCGGAGGAGAAGAUCCAGCUGUUGGUGUGGCACACCUUACUGGGCUACUGGGGCGGUGUGGCGCCGCAGCGCGGCUACGCCGUGGUUUCCAAGCGGCCCUGGUGGCCCCAGGGUUUGCGCUGCGAGUGCCCUGGAGAGGUGGACGUUUGGGAAGGCGACUUCAGCGUUCUUGAAGAGCAGGAUUUCCUUCGAUUCUACAACGAUUUCUAUGCAUCGCUUGCUGCCGUCGGCGUUGCCGGCGUGAAAUGUGAUGGUCAAUUUCUGGCGGAUCUCCUUCUAGGGACUGCUUCAAGAGCACUAGGGGAGGCCCAUGAAGCAGCUGCGAGAGAGCACUUUGGAGAGCAGCCUCCUUUGAUCAGUUGCAUGGCUAUGACCUUGUGCCGUGUGCACCUGAGCAAGAGCGUGCUCAGCCGGGUCUCUGACGACCAUGCAUAUCCUGGAGUGCCAGAAGAUGACAAAUCAGUUGCCAAACACCUCUGGCACUGCUCCAUGAAUUCCCUUUGGCUGGCGCCUUAUGUCUACUGCGAUUGGGAUAUGUUGAAGACCAGCGAGUGGCACUGCAACAUCCAUGCAGUGGCCAGAGCUGUGGCUGGUUGCCCCGUGUACGUCAGUGAUACAGCAGACGCCUUCAACAUGGAGGUCCUGCGGCCCUUGCUGAUCCCUGGGCGCGAUGAGGUGGUCCCCUGCACCUGGGCUGGGCUUCCAAUCGACCGGCAGAUCUUUGAAGAUCCGACCAGCAAUAGGUCACCCUGGUGGGUGGUGAAUUCCACCACUGGUGGAUUCAUUGCAGUGGCCUUUGGCCUUUGCGACACUGGCGGCGAUGUUAUGAAGGAAACCCUGAAGCCAUCGGAUCUUGAGCUCGGCUGCGAGCACGCCUGCCUUCAAGUGGACCUCAAUGGAAGAGGCCAUGCCGCCAUCUUCAGUCAGGAGGGUUGGGACGUGCAGCUGCACUACAUGGGUUUCAGCGUCCUGGCGCUGGCACCGCUGCAGCUCCUGGGCCAGCAGCGCCUGGCGAUCUUCGGCUUGGCAGGGCUCUGGAACCCCACGGGCUCCGUAGCCGUGGAAGCGGUGGACGGGCGGCUGCGGGUCACGCUUCUGUGCCCCGGGCCUUUGUUGCUGUGGAGCUCCGCAGCCUUCAGGUGCACCUGGGGCUCCAGUCCCGUGACCUUGGUGGAAGGCCUGAACCUGGUGGAGAUGAGUGAAAGUGAGGUGAUCAUUGGCGCAGAGUGA